AUGGCGUCAAACAGCAGCAGCCAAGCUCGGGACAUGGUCUUGUUCGCUCGAGGAGUUAUCGCUCUACUUGAUAGUUGGGAUGUUCUUCGUCUUGCCAUAACAGAAGGGUGGGGUGGUCCAGAAUCGUCUGCUAAACGAACUUGGCUGGCUUCAAUUAUCGUCGACGAAUUUGAAUCGUCCACAGCUUCUAACUCGCCAGACCUUGAUUAUAUUGCCGACCUCAUACUGCAAGCCAUGUCCGACGAAUUCGAUGUAGACGUCGAUGACGGUAGUGCGGAGCGCAUUGCCGAAUCAGUGGUCAAACUAUGGGCAGCCGAACCCACGACUGCAGCCCAAAUGGUUGCCCAAUUCCAGGCAGCGGCCGAGAAAAGAAGCAAGGUCAAAGUGCAAGCUUCAAGGGGAGAGGGCAACGGAGAUAGCGAUUGGGAAAGCGAAAGUGAGGACGAAGAUGGUCCUGCUGCACCUAGGGAAAAGCCAGAGCCAGUUGUAGACGAGGAUGGAUUUACGCUGGUUCAAGGCAAAGGCAAAGGCAAGCAUUAG